AUGACUUCUCCUGCAGCCAUUAUACACCAAGCCCGAAUUCACUUACAUGAAUAUGAGCAGGCGCAAACAAGUAUGGGAGCAGCAGCUAGCGGAGUUUCUCCAACAAGACCAGCAUUACAGUGGCAGCCACCUCCGGAUGGGUUCAUAAAGUUAAAUUGGGAUGCUUCUAUAGAUGCCGCGGGAGAAAAAAUGGGAAUGAGAAUAGUGGCUCGUGAUCAUGCAGGAAGAGUACUGACAACAGUUUGCAACACAAGACUCCACGUUCAGGAUCCUUCAUCAGAUGAAGCUUUGGCAAUGAGGCAAGUUGUGGAGCUUUGUGUAGAAAUGGGUUGGCAGCAGGUCAUCCUGGAGAGGGACGCUUUGGAGAUCAUACAGCAUAUGCAAUCAAAUGAAGACUGGUGGGGUAGUUAUGGCUUAAUUAUUUGA